UUGGACACACAUCCUAGCUAUUUCCAAGUUGCGCAGAGAAAAAUGUGUUGAGCUUUAUCUUAAUAAUUAUCCUCCAUAACUUUCUCCUAUCUUCUUCUACUUCAAUAAACUAUUGUUAUGAUUUUCUGAACGUUACAAAGAUUUGUAUUUCCAUUCUUCACCAUUUCAAACUUUUACUUCUUCUUAGUUUUAGGAAGAGCCCAGUGUGUUUUACUUAGCUACUACUUCACACCAUUGCGUGCGCUAUUACCAUUUACCAGGCCAGCAGUUUGUGUAUAAUUCAUACAACCUUUUAAGUGAAAAUGAGAAUAGCAGUGAUAGGUGGAGGGAUAAGUGGAUUAGGGGCAGCAUAUGAGUUGGCAAAAGGAGGAGUUGAAGUGGUGUUAUAUGAGAAGGAAGAUUAUUUAGGUGGGCAUGCCAAAACCGUACGUUUUGAAGGCAUUGACUUGGACUUGGGCUUCAUGGUCUUCAAUAGGGUUACCUAUCCAAAUAUGAUGGAGCUUUUUGAGAGCCUGGGCAUUGAAAUGGAGAAUUCUGAUAUGUCAUUUUCUGUAAGUUUAGAUAAUGGUCAUGGAUGUGAAUGGGGAAGCCGAACUGGUCUUAGUGGCUUGUUUGCACAAAAAAGCAAUGCCAUUAAUCCUUACUUCUGGAAGAUGAUCCAAGAGAUAUUCAAGUUCAAAACUGAAGUCAUUAUGUACAUUGAAGAACUGGAAAACAACCCAGACAUAGACCGUUCUGAAACUCUUGGUCAUUUCAUCAAGUCAAGAGGUUACUCUGAGCAAUUUCAGAAGGGUUACCUUAUUCCUAUGUGUGCUUCAAUCUGGUCUUGCCCUUCAGACAUUGUGAUGAACUUCUCCGCUUUCUCUAUUCUCUCCUUCUGCCGCAACCAUCACUUGCUUCAGGUGUUUGGCCGUCCACAAUGGCUUACUGUGAAAGGGCGUUCCCACUGUUAUGUAAAAAAGGUUAAGGAUGAGCUGGAGGCAAGAAGAGUACAAGUAAAAACCGGUUGUGAGGUGAUUUCUGUUUCAACGAGCAAUGAGGGUUGUACUGUGUCCUGUAUUGAUGGUUCGAAUCAUGAAUAUGAUGGAUGUAUUAUUGCUGCUCAUGCUCCGGAUGCCAUAGGAAUACUAGGAAAAGAAGCAACCUAUGACGAAAUUAGUAUACUCGGUGCUUUCAAAUAUGUUUACAGUGAUAUAUUCCUUCAUCGUGACAAAAAUUUCAUGCCUCGAAAUCCAGCUGCAUGGAGUGCAUGGAAUUUUCUAGGAAGCACAGACAGUAAAGUGUGUUUGACAUACUGGUUAAAUGUACUCCAGAACAUCAGUGAGACAAGUCUUCCUUUUCUUGUAACUCUUAACCCACCUCAUGAACCAGAAAAUGUGUUGCUUAAAUGGACAACAGGUCAUCCUGUUCCCUCUGUGUCAGCAACGAAGGCUUCCCUUGAACUUGCUAAUAUUCAAGGAAAAAGAGGAAUAUGGUUUUGUGGAGCUUAUCAAGGCUAUGGUUUUCAUGAAGAUGGGUUGAAGGCUGGUAUUAUUGCUGCACAAGGUCUGCUUGGAAGAAAUUUCCACGUCCUUACAAACCCGAAACAGAUGAUACCUUCAUGGGGAGAGACAGCUGCUCGAAUUUUUGUAACAAGAUUUCUCAGGAGCUUUAUUUCUGCUGGGAGUCUAAUUUUAUUAGAGGAGGGUGGCACAGUUUUGGCAUUUGAAGGCUCCAGCAAAAUCUGUCCUGUGAGAGUUAUGUUAAGAGUUCAUAGCCCGCAGUUUUACUGGAAGGUGGCUACAGAAGCCGACUUAGGUCUUGCAGAUGCAUAUAUCAAUGGAGACUUCUCAUUUGUUGAUAAAAAUGAAGGUCUUUUGAAGCUUUUCAUGAUCUUUAUCGCCAACAGAGAUCUACAUUCUUCUAGUUCAGUAGCUAACAAAAAGAGGGGAUGGUGGACUCCGAUGCUUUUUACUGCUGGUAUUGCUUCAGCAAAAUAUUUCUAUCAUCAUGUUUCUCGGCAAAAUUCACUAACACAAGCUCGUCAAAAUAUUUCUCGCCAUUAUGACUUGAGUAAUGAAAUGUUUUCUCUAUUUUUGGACGAGACAAUGACAUACUCUUGUGCUAUCUUUGAGUCUGAAAAUGAAGACUUAAAAGAUGCCCAAAUGAGAAAAAUAUCUCUUCUACUUGAUAAGGCUCGGGUAGAGAAACAUCAUGAAGUGCUUGAAAUUGGUUGCGGUUGGGGUACCCUUGCUAUGGAAGUUGUAAGGAGAACAGGAUGCAAAUACACUGGCAUUACACUUUCUGAAGAACAACUCAGAUAUGCAGAGCAAAGGGUAAAAGAGGCUGGUUUACAGGAUCGCAUACGGUUUCUUCUCUGUGAUUAUCGUCAAUUGUCAAAUGUGCACGAGUAUGAUAGAAUCAUUUCCUGUGAGAUGCUAGAAGCUGUUGGUCAUGAAUACAUGGAGGAGUUUUUUCAUUGUUGCGACUCCCUCAUGGCGCCUAAUGGUCUUUUCGUCCUCCAGUUCAUAUCUAUACCAGAUGAACGGUAUGAUGAAUACAGGAGAAGUUCAGAUUUCAUUAAAGAAUACAUUUUCCCGGGUGGAUGUUUACCUUGUUUGAGCCGAGUUACCUCAGCAAUGGCUGCUGCUUCAAGACUUUGUGUGGAACACCUAGAAAACAUUGGGAUACACUACUAUCAAACACUGAGAUGUUGGCGGAAAAAUUUUCUGGAGCACCAAAGAAAAAUUGUUUCAUUGGGUUUUGAUGAAAAGUUUAUCAGAACAUGGGAAUAUUAUUUUGACUAUUGUGCAGCAGGAUUCAAGACGCGUACACUAGGAAGUUAUCAGAUGGUUUUUUCAAGACCUGGGAAUCUAGCUGCAUUUGGUGGACCAUUCGCAGGCUCACUUUGAUCUCUGGUUACACCAGAAGUGUUUCCGCCGUUGGCAACAGAUCAAACUCAAAUCGGAUUAUGCAUACUCUGUCUUUACUCCAAAAAAGCCGGACUUUUUUUUCACCACCACCUCCGACUUGGACUCGGAUUUUAUGCCUCCGACUUUCAUCCAACUCAAAUAAAUUAGAUAACAAAUAUUUGAACAAGUUGGGACCAGAUGUCAAAUUAUAUCAGAGUCGCAAUCGAGUUUGAAUAUCGGAUUUAUGAUAUCCGACUAUAAUGGAAAAAAAAUGUGGUGCGGAUUCAUCUAUGGAAACGGUCGUGGUGUCAAAAAUGACUAUAAUGUGGUAAUAACACGAAUCACGUGUGAAUUUUCGAAAAAAUUCACAUAAGAGGUGUUUUGAACUUAUAAA